CGGCUCCUCACCAAAUGGGCGACGACGCGCGGCCGCAGCUCCACGCCUUCCCCGUCCGUGGCCACCGGCCAGUCCGUCUCGCUAUGUAACCAACCUGCCAAGUGCCAUGAACUUGCGAAAAACACUCCACUAGCAAGUAGCAAUGGACUCCCUCAGGCCUGCCCUCUCCAUGUCGUCCAAGAAACAGGCCCUCGCCACCUCCCUGUGCUCCCUCGCCUGCCUCUUCCUCCUCUCCGCCGGCCUCCUCCUCGCCGUCGGCUCUCACCAGUUCCAGGCGCCGUGGGGCCGCUUCGCCAGGGUGCAGAAAGCCCCGGCGCCGCCUCUUGGUCGUGGUCACCAUGACGUUGUGGCUGCGCCGGCGCGCGACGCGGGAGCGGGCGACCUUGACGGGGAUCAGGAAGAGGAUGCUGGCCCUGCGCCGGCGCCGGUGCCGGCUGGGGAGGAGGACGGGGAGUGCGACAUGUUCGACGGGGCGUGGGUGCGCGACGACGCGGCGGGGUACCCGCUGUACGAGGCCGCGGAGUGCCCGUUCCAGAGCGACCAGGUGGCGUGCCGGCGUAACGGCCGGCCGGACUCCGGCUACGAGCAGUGGCGGUGGCGGCCCAGAGGGUGCGGCAGCCGCACGAGGCUCGGCGGCGCGGAGUCGCUGGAGCUGUGCCAGGACAAGCGGCUGGUGUUCGUCGGCGACUCGUUGAACCGCAACAUGUGGGAGUCGCUCGCCUGCAUCCUCUACGCGGCGGUGCCCGACCGGUCACGGACGCGCAUCAUUGAGGACGCGGGCGCCGAGAUCUUCCGCGCCAUGGACUACAACUGCUCCGUGGAGUUCUACUGGAGCCCGUUCCUCGUGAAGCUCGAAACCAAGGACGACCAGUCCAGGGCGCUCAAGCUGGACCAGCUGCCGGCCAUGUUGCAGCGCACGAUGGGCGCGGACGUUCUCGUCUUCAACACCGGCCACUGGUGGACUCACACCGGCAAGCUCAGGGCGUGGGACCAUCUCGAGAGGGACGGGAAGAUGGUCGAGAUGACAGGAGAGGAGGCCUUCAACAGAGCCUUGAGGACUUGGGCUAGGUGGGUCGAUCACAACGUAGAUCCGAGCAGAACAAGGGUCUUCUUCCGGAGUGUCUCCCCUGAACACAAGAGUGUAAGCUGGUGCUAUAACCAGACAUCUCCAAUCUCCAACGGAACAGUCGCUCCAUGGUUUCCCAAAAGCUUGGUAUCCAUCGUCGAGAGGAACAUAAAAAGCAUGAGAACGCCUGUUACAUAUUUGAACAUCACCCACCUCUCGGAGCUCCGGAUCGACGCGCACCCAUCAGUUUACACCAUCAACCAGGAAGGGAAGCCACUGAACACGGAGCAGCUGCAACAGCCGAUCAAAUAUGCCGACUGCAGCCACUGGUGCCUACCAGGGCUACCCGAUACCUGGAAUGUGCUUUUACUUGCCUCCUUGAUGAGACCUCCCACUAAUGUACACUUGCUAGGAUGAAGUGAAAUACUUUUUAUUUUCAACUAUGUUUUGCAGCUUUACCUAGCCUGGAGUGAA